AUGGCGAAGAAGCUGAACGAAAAGACGGACGAAGCCGCCGCCGCCGCGUUGAACGCGGCGGCGGAAAAAGACCGCGCGGACGCCGCCGAGCGCGCGGCCGCGGACGCCGCCGCCGCCGCGGACGCGAAAGAGAAGGCGCUCGAGGAGCUGCGGGAUAAGAUCCAGGCUGAGCUGGACGAGAAGACGAAAGCCCUGGAGGACGAGGCGGAUCGCUUCGCGGCGAUGGAGAAGGAGAAAGAGGACGUCGAGGCGGCGAAAAAACUCGCGGAGGAGGAAGCCGCGGCGGAGGCGGAGAGAGCCGCGAGGGAGGCCCAAGAGGCCGCGGACGAGGCCGCGCGGAUCAUCGCGGAAGCGGAGAAGACCGCCGCGGAGAUGAAGGCUGCCUUGGAGGAGGAGCUCGACGCCGCGCGCCGCGCCGCGGAGGAAGCAGCCGCGGAGGCGGAGAGAGAAAAAGAAGCUCUGAACCAAACCCUCGGCGCCGCGAACGACAUGGCGGACGCCGCCGCGGAAGAAGCCGCCGCGGACCGCGCCGCCGCGGAGGAGGCGAGAGAGGAGAGAGACGCCGCGAUCGCGCGCGCGGAGGCGUCGGAAGCGGACGCCGCGGAGGCUGACGCCGCGCGGUUGACCGCCGAGGCGAACGCCGCCGAGGCGGAGCGACGCGCCGCCGCCGCCGAGAAGAGAGCGGACGCCGCGGACGCCGCCGCCGCGAGAGCGACGGAAGCGGCGGAGGCCAAGGUGAAGGACGCGCUCGACGCCGCGGAGAAGGCGAAGAAGGAGGCGGAGGAGGCGGCGCGGCAGCUGGAGCGCGCGAAGCGCGAUUUAGACGAUGUCGAGCACCGGCUCAAACGCGAUCUCGAGGACGCGCGGCGCGACCUCGAAGCCGCGGAGAAUCGCGCGCCGAAGAAGAACCACGACGAGUUCUUCGAGAUGGAGCGCCGCAUCUCGAACCUCGAGGCGGAGCGGCAGGUGGCGGAGAUCGAGAAGGAGAAGCUGCGGCAGCUGAGAGAGGCGGCGUCGAACGCGGCGUCGCUCGCCGAGGCGUUGGAGCGUAAACGCCAAAAGAAACGCGCGUACAAGGAAGCCGCGCGACGGAACGGGGACGACCGUGACCGCGCGCAGGCGGCGCUGUCUAACGUCCAGAAGCUGUACGACGGCGAGGUCAACCUGGCGAAACAGAUCGCGGUCGCGACGGAGGAGGCGAACAAACUGCGCGCGCGCGUGCGCGAGCUCGAGGCGGCGUUGAAGCAGGCGAUGCGCGAUUACAAAGCCCUCGCCGCGGAUCUCCAGGGCGAGCGCGAACGCGGCGCGGAGGCGGAGCGCACCGCGGAGCAGACGCAGCUCGAGUGCGAGAACCUCGCGAGCGCGCUGAACGCCGCGCGAGGCGAGCGCAUACACUGGGAGCACGAGGCGGAGAGCGCGAAGAAGAUGGCGGAGGAGUACCUCGCGCGAAUACCGCCCGCGGGGAAGCCGUGGGAGCCCGCGAUUCCGUUGGACCGUAGACUCGCCGGAUGGGGCGGCGGCGGCCAGGUCCCGGUCGCGGUCCGCGAGCAGAUGCCGGAUUUGGGGCCGAUGCCGGUGUUGGACCGUCGGUUGGAAGGGCGCGCGAGGGUCGUGGAGGUUCCGCCGCGGCCGCCGAAUGCGAACGCGAACGCGAACGCGAACGCCGACGCGGCGGAGACGACGACGACGACUGCGGACGAAGACGCGGAGGGAGGCGGCGGGGACGCCCCCGGCCCGCGCGCCGCUGGAGGUCGACGGACGCUCGUCGAAAUCAACCCGCCGUCGGAUUUCGUUCGUCCGGCGGGGAUGUCCACGGAUGAAGAGGAGCGAUUGCGCGCGUUGCACGAGCGGGACCGAGACUACAGCAAGCGGCACCUGGACAACCGGUACGGGAGGCAGAUGUGGGACGAGUACCGGUGA